GGGCCUGGGCAGGGCUUCUGGACACUGCACUGGCAGUUGCUUCAAGUCGCGGGAGUGGGAGCGGGGGUGCAAAACGGGUUCCCUUCAUCGCGGUGGGUUCGGGGCCCUGGCAGCCUUUUCGCGGAGGUGCCACGCCCUAGCGGCCCGGCCUCAGUGGGCCCGGCGUCCUCGCGGAACGCCGAGAGGGCUCGCUUCCGGCGUCAUGGCUCAAAGGGCCUUCCCGAAUCCUUAUGCCGAUUAUAACAAAUCCCUGGCCGAUGGCUACUUUGAUCCUGCUGGGAGGCUGACUCCUGAGUUCUCACAACGUUUGAACAAUAAGAUUCGAGAGCUUCUUCAGCAAAUGGAGAGAGGUCUAAAGUCAGCAGACCCUCGGGAUGGCACUGCUUACACUGGCUGGACAGGAAUUGCUCUGCUUUACUUACAUCUCCAUGAUGUGUUCGGGGACCCUGCCUACCUGCAGAUGGCGCAUAGCUACGUAAAGCAAGGUCUGAACUGCUUGUCCAAGCGUUCCAUCACCUUCCUGUGUGGGGAUGCAGGCCCACUGGCCGUGGCUGCUGUGGUGUAUCACAGGAUGAACAACGAGAAGCAGGCAGAAGAUUGCAUCACCCGGCUAAUUCACCUAAAUAAGAUUGAUCCCCAUGCUCCAAAUGAAAUGCUCUAUGGACGAGUGGGCUACAUCUAUGCUCUUCUCUUUGUGAAUAAGAACUUUGGAGUGGAAAAAAUUCCUCAAAACCAUAUUCAGCAGAUUUGUGAAACAGUCUUAACAUCUGGAGAAAACCUAGCUAGAAAGAGAAACUUCACAGCGAAGACUCCACUGAUGUAUGAAUGGUACCAGGAGUAUUACGUGGGGGCUGCUCAUGGCCUGGCAGGAAUUUAUUACUUCCUGAUGCAGCCCAGCCUUCAAGUGAGCCCUGCAAAGUUACAUAAUUUGGUCAAGCCCAGUGUAAACUAUGUCUGCCAGCUGAAAUUCCCUUCCGGCAAUUAUCCUCCUUGUGUGGGCGACACUCGAGAUCUGCUAGUCCAUUGGUGCCAUGGUUCCCCUGGCGUAAUCUACAUGCUCAUCCAGGCCUAUAAGGUGUUCAGAGAGGAGCAGUAUCUCAAUGAUGCCUAUCAGUGUGCCGAUGUGAUCUGGCAGUACGGGUUGCUGAAGAAAGGGUAUGGGCUGUGCCAUGGCACCGCAGGAAAUGCCUAUGCCUUCCUGACGCUGUACAACCUCACGCAGGAUAUGAAGUACUUGUAUAGGGCCUGUAAGUUCGCUGAAUGGUGCUUAGAUUACGGAGAACAUGGAUGCAGAACACCGGACACCCCCUUCUCCCUCUUUGAAGGAAUGGCUGGAACGAUAUAUUUCCUGGCUGACCUCCUAGUGCCUUCGAAAGCCAGGUUCCCUGCAUUUGAACUGUAAAAGGAAAGCCUGCUCCCUGCAACUUACUGCAUGACCCUUUCUGUGUAUCAAACCUGAGCUAAGUGCUAUCAUUGCUUUUCAAGGAAAGAGUCAAAUUAUGUACUUGAUUUAGUUGGUUUUUUUUUCUAGAAUUUGUCUUUAGUUCAGAUCCUUUUCUUUAUCGUUUACUUUUUAUUUUAAAAUAUCCAAGGGAAUUUUUUAACUUCAGUUUCUUCCUAAAUGGAGGUGGUCAAUAUGUACAGUAUUUUGAGGGCAUAUGUGUAUAUAUAUUUCAGAACUUGGAAGAAAUCUUAUCUCUAAGCUUAUGAAUAUAACCAUCUGUUACUGUUCUAAAAUGCUUAAAGGAAACUAAAUACAGAUAAAUGAAGAUAAAUAUAUGAUUAUUGUUGGACAUUGCCCUCUACCUCUGCUCUUUAGUAUUUUUUCUCCAAUAGGACAAUUUUAUGAGUUUGCUUUUCUCUAAGUGGUUGAUUAUGAAAGGGGACAAAAGUAUAAUUAUAUGCUUCUAGGAUAAAAACUGCAAGAGUUGCAAACUGGGCUAGGGACCUAAAUACCGUUUUUUCAAACGCACAAUGCUUAUUUAAACCAGAGAUAAACAUACUUUCAAAUUUUCCUCUUUUUGCUAGGAAAGCAUCCAGGCUCUAGCCAACAUUUUUAUCAAGAUUAAAAAAGAUAAGCUAACAAUAAUAGUUUACUGUUUUCUCUAAAAUAACCUAGUGUGUUUUGGAACUGGUAUAAG